CAGAAAGUUCGCCUCUUUGGACCUGAAGCCCAAUUAGCGGCGUGGCCAAAUGAAUGGCAGCCUUUGAAAGCCAACCGGAGGAGCGGCAUUAGGCAGUCCUGUCAGAGCGCAAAGCGGGCCUUCUUACACGCCGACAUGGAGCGCUCCAGUAGUUCCAUCAGACACGGCUCCAACCCUCUCGGCAAGAGUUUGCGGGGCCGCCGUCGGCUCUCGGCGCCGGCUUCGGCAACAGCCUUGAGCGGCGGGGGUGGCGCGGCCGCGCGGCCUGCUGCCGGAGGGGCCCUGGUGGAUGUUGCCGAGCGCGACGCCUUCGAGAGAGGGCAGACUGUCAGCAUCAACAAGGCCAUUAAUGCUCAGGAAGUUGCUGUCAAAGAGAAACAUGCCAGAACAUGCAUCCUGGGAACCCACCAUGAAAAAGGAGCCCACACCUUCUGGUCUGUUGUAAACCGCCUACCCCUUUCCAGCAAUGCUGUCCUGUGCUGGAAGUUUUGCCAUGUCUUCCACAAGCUUCUCCGUGAUGGACAUCCAAAUGUCUUGAAGGAUUCUGUGAGAUACAAGAAUGAGCUCAGUGACAUGAGCCGCAUGUGGGGCCAUUUGAGUGAGGGUUAUGGACAAUUAUGUAGCAUCUACCUCAAAUUGCUGAGAACCAAGAUGGAAUUCCACACAAAAAAUCCCAGAUUCCCAGGAAACCUCCAGAUGUCAGACAGACAGCUUGAUGAGACGGGCGAGAAUGAUGUGAAUAACUUUUUCCAGCUCACUGUGGAAAUGUUUGACUAUUUGGAAUGUGAACUCAACCUAUUUCAGACAGUGUUCAGUUCCUUGGACAUGUCUCGCUCUGUGUCGGUCACAGCUGCCGGGCAGUGCCGCUUGGCCCCUCUGAUUCAGGUCAUUCUAGACUGCAGCCACCUCUAUGACUACACAGUAAAAUUGCUGUUCAAGUUACACUCCUGUCUCCCAGCUGAUACACUCCAAGGCCACAGAGACCGUUUCCUGGAGCAGUUCAAAAAGCUGAAGGAUCUCUUCUAUCGCUCCAGCAACCUGCAAUAUUUCAAAAGGCUGAUUCAGAUCCCACAGCUGCCUGAGAAUCCCCCCAACUUUCUGCGGGCCUCAGCACUCUCUGAACACAUCAGCCCUGUUGUUGUCAUCCCAUUGGAAGCUUCAUCCCCAGACAGUGAACCCAUCAUGGAUCUCGUUGAAAUGGAAACUUCCUCACAGAAGAGUCUCUUUGACAAUAAGUUUGAUGACAUCUUUGGCAGUUCUUUCAGCAAUGAUCCCUUUAACUUUAACAGCCAGAAUGGGAUGACCAAGGAUGACAAGGACAGGUUAAUUGAACAGCUGCACAGAGAAAUGGACACCCUUAAGGAUGAGCUCAAGAAUUUCAAAGCUGAGAGUCACCGCCUGGUGAUGCAGCUGAAGGGCCGUAUCAGUGAGCUGGAAGCUGAGCUGGAAGAGCAGAAGCACCUAAAGCAGCAGGCACUAGAUGAGAGUGACUUCUUGCGCACAGAACUGGAUGAAUGGAGAAAGAGGCAUGAGGAUACAGAGAAAGCCCAGCGAAGCCUGACAGAGAUUGAGAGGAAAGCACAAACCACAGAGCAGCGCUAUGUGAAGCUAAAGGAAAAGUACAGUGAACUGGUGCAGAAUCACGCAGACCUCCUGCGCAAGAAUGCUGAAGUCACCAAGCAGAUGACUAUGGCAAGACAGGUCCAAAGUGACACAGAGCGUGACAAGAAAGAGCUUGAGGACUCCUUUCAGCGGCUGAGUGAGCAAGCCCAGCGAAAGACACAGGAACAGGCAGAGAUCUUGGAAACAUUGAAGAGAGAGCUAAUUGCCAGCAAACAGGAGCUUCAAUGUCUCCAGAGCACUGUUGAUUCCACUGCACAGUUUGAAGCAGAGCACACCACUCAUCUGGCUGCCCUGAAGCAAGAGAAAGACGUUCUCACAGAGACCAUGGCUCAGCGUGAUCAGCAGAUGACAGCUUUGGAAGCUGAAGGGCAGCAGUUAAAGGCUGCACUUGAAAAGGAAAAGGAAUACAGCAGUAAGACAAUCCAGGAAUUGCAGAACCGCUUGGGGGAAAUAGAAGGCAACACACAGGCUCUUCAGCAGGAGCUUCUGGACAAACAGUUUGUGCUCCUUCAGUGUGCCGUGAAAGAGGCUGAACAAAUGGUACAGGAUGCUCUCAAUCAACUCGAAGACCCCACUCAUAUCCGUAGUACAAGUUCUGCAGAUUACCUUUUAUCAAGGACCCGUGCAGCUUCUGAAUGCGUGGAGCGGCUACAGGAAGCACGUGGCCAAUACCUUUCUGACCAAUCAGAUGUGAGCAGUUUGUUAUCAUGUGUGCCUCUUUUUGCUCACCUGAUUGGUGAUGCCAUUCUGCAGGCUAGUGCCACAUCACACAUGGCUCCCAUGGAAUCUGCUGAUUUGCUAUUGGAGACCAGCAAGCAAUGUGGGAAUGAGACCUUGCACUACUUGGGAAUGCUGAAAGAUAAAGCUACUUUGGAAAGUGCUGAUUGCGCUGCUGUCAGGAAUUGUCUCAACCAGAUCACUUCAAUUGGACAGGAUCUGCGGCCGAAAGGCCUGGAUGUUGAGGAAGAGAAACUGGGGGAUCUGGUUGAUGAAGAGAUGGCAGCAACGGCGGCAGCCGUUGAGAUAGCUGCUGCCAGGAUUGAGGAGAUGCUGAACAAAUCACGAGCAAGGGACAGAGGAGUCAAGUUUGAGGUCAACGAGAGGAUUUUGGGGUCCUGCACAGACUUAAUGCAGGCCAUUCAACUUUUGGUGUUGGCUUCCAAGGACCUCCAACAAGAGAUUGUGGAGAGUGGAAGGGGAGCAGCAUCCCCCAAAGAAUUCUAUGCCAGAAAUUCCCGUUGGACAGAGGGCCUGAUUUCUGCUUCCAAGGCUGUAGGCUGGGGAGCAACGGUGAUGGUAGAUGCUGCUGACCUUGUAGUUCAAGGGAAUGGGAAAUUUGAAGAACUCAUGGUUUGUUCGCAUGAAAUUGCAGCAAGCACAGCUCAGCUUGUUGCUGCUUCAAAGGUAAAAGCAGACAAAGACAGUGUAAAUCUCAGCAAGCUUCAGAUUGCCUCUCGAGGAGUCAAUCAGGCAACAGCCAAAGUCGUGGCUUCCACUAAGUCAGGAAAAUCACAAAUACAGGAGAAAGAUAGCAUGGACUUCUCUGACAUGACACUAACACAGAUCAAACGCCAAGAAAUGGACUCUCAGGUUCGAGUCUUGGAACUGGAGAGCCAACUGCAGAAGGAACGCCAGCGCCUGGGUGAGCUCCGUAAGAAGCACUAUGAGCUGGGAGGCGUAGCUGAGGGUUGGGAUGAGAAUGGAGCAGAUUAGGAUCUCUGUGAAAGCAGACAGAGAAGAAGACCCUUCAGUUGGUGUGACUACUUCUGAAUAUGAAUGAUAAACUCAUUUGAAUAUACCACAAAGCCUGUGCUCAUCAACAAUGCAUUCAUACUUGGGGCUGGCCCUGCAGGGUCCUCUGUGACUAAGAAGAGAGCAGCAAAGAUGUGGGGGAGAAAAAUAGUUUCCUAGCCGCAACAGUAUCCAUAGCAUUGCCCUGCCAUAGCCAUAAAACACAAAUCCUGCGUCCAUACGUGUGUUGCAGCAUUUCUGCAGAGUUGGAUUUCCUCUUGCCUCUUCCCAGGUCACUUCCUUAUUUUGCACAGCCUCUGAUUUGUCAACUUUGGCUCUAUACCAGACCAGGGAUAGUACUGCUUAUUCUCUUUGCUUGCCUUUUCUCAGAGCCAGGAUGGUGGCAGGAUGUUGGUUAAAAGUCUUGAGUCUAUCCAUACACGUAAAGGUACCAGUCUCUCUGGGGGCCACUUCGGUCUUUUCAGAAAAGGGGUUGAUGUAACCUGGUCUGCCACAUCUCAGGAACUGCAACCUUCUCAGUUUCUCAUUUUGCUGCCCCAUCCUGCCUUGCUCCAACAAAGUGGGACACAUGUCCACUGCCUCAGAGUAGUUCACUGUGCUUUGAGCAGCAAUAAACAACUGAGAAUCCAGAAGUAGGAAUUGCUAGUGGGGAAGGGAGACUGAAGGGGGCCCAAGGAACUGACUUUAUAUUUGACAAUUGUUAGGGGCACCCAGUCCACAUACCAGCCAGUUGACCUUUUGACCACCUGUACUCCAUGAGCAAAGCAGAAGCUGCCUAGAGCCAGAUGACCUCAGCACAGUUUGUUAGUUUUUCUUUAACCAUCUAAGAAAUGACCAGUAGUACCAGGCCGCUGUGCCACCUGGAAGGUGAACUGGAUUCUUUGAUAGAUGAUGUGGUUACUCUUCCCCCUGCCUUCUAUACCACUGCCUUCCAUGACAGCUGUCUCAGGCACCCCUCAUGAUCACUGUGAGCCUCUAAGGAAAGAAAAAGCAGAAGAAAGAAGAAUAAAGAUGCUGUUGCCUAUAAAUUGGAUAUUUCAAUCUUGCUUUUGCUGUAUAAGGAAGGGCCUGAGGACUAAGCUCUUCCAUCAGCAUCAGACAAAAUGUUAUACCAAAGGAAGUCCUGAGUGAAGAACAUCUGUAGUCUGGCAUUAGAUUAGUAAAAGCUGUCGUAGUGGUUUUCAGAUACGGAACAUUUUAUUUACUCCCAUCAUACUUGUGUGGACUAGUAUCAUUGUCAGACGGACAACAGAAAAACAAGUAGCAAAACCUAUACUGUCUCCUAAGUGAAGCAAGUCUGCUGAGGGAAAAAUCUAACCAAGCCUGUUCCAUAUCUCAGAUGGGGCAAUUAGUCUGAAGCCAUGUAUCUUUCUGGUGUUUUGGGUAGGGCUGCCCUACACCUGAUUUCUGCAAGCUAGCUGAUGUAUGUCAGACAUACGGUUGGGGGCCUUCAUGAUGUGAUCCAAGUAGAAUAAUUUGGCUAACUUGUGUUGCCUAAAAUGUCUCCAAAGUGGUGCUUAUGUUUAGCAGGUGCUGCCAAGGGAUCUGGGGUUUUUGAAAGUUCAACAUUAGAAGAAGCCAUGAGAAGGCUAAUGAGCCUGGUAUCAGCUAUUUUAUGGAGACUAGAGGCCAUUUUGGCUUUGCCUUCAGUUAGAGAAGCUCAUAAAUCUGGUUCCUGAAUGAGCUGCCAUGGCCUUUGGCAUACCUAACUCCUUGCCAACCUCUUAACUCUGUCUCCCAACUCAGAUAAGCUUAUCUAUUGCACACUGCCAUUUGGGGAGGGAGCAAAAGACCUAGGGCUUCUUCUCUUCUUUCUCAAAGGGUCUGUCCACCUAUCUUCUCUUCUCCCCCCCAAGUUCUUUUCCUAAAAGCACUGCAUAGGCCGACCAGCCUAUCAAAUACUGGUGCCUGUUAUGCCCCAGGUCGCCUUGCCAUAUGGCUGGCAGCCCAAAUACCAAAUAGCACUUCUCCCACCGCCAGCUUGAAUGAGGCCAAUCAGCUGCCUGUCUGCCUCACUCCAAAACAUCAGGUACUAUCCUGUUGCCACAGCACAUGAGGCAUUUCCUAUGGCGCUGAAAUGCCCUUGCUCAGCCUUUCCAGGGACAUCCCUUCAAUGUCUGGUGCCCUCCCCAACUACCUCAGGUUUUCAGGCUGACUGGCCAUGCAUGUGGAGGACAAAAAGGAAGAAAACUAAGAAGGAUUUAAUGUGAGACUUGGAUAAGAACAAUUUUGUUGUGCUAGAAAAAUUAUUUCCUCAGUGCUUGCUCUUCUUUUCUUUUCUUUUUACUUUUCCUAAAGGUGGUAAUGAACAAACUUCCAUUAGAACAGUUUUCCUUAAAAUGACAAAAAUGCUACCUAGGGCCCAAUCUCCAACAACUGACCCAGGCAGCCAGCUCUUUUCUUUCCAAGAAAACUUUUAAUUAUUGUAUUAAAUACAUUUUUCUUUGUAUAAUAUGUUACAUGUGUGUGUUCAAUUUUUAAAUAAAUAUUUCAACCCAC